AUGAACAACUCGCCGUUUGUCUCUGGCCUUGCACUCGGUUCGGCUGCCACUCUUGGCGCUGUGGCUGCUCUCCUCGGAGCACGGGCACUCUUGGCAUCAUCGUCAUCGUCAUUGUUGUCGUCAUCGCCGUCGUCGUCAUCGGUGCCGAGCGGGCCAGAGGCCAACCUGCCUCCGCCUGCCUGCCUCCCAGACGAGGUGCUGGCUGCUCGACGAAGGGCAGUCAAGCCUGACGCUGUUGUUCUGUCGGGCAAGCACAUAGAGCUUGUCCCGUACUCGCCGGAUCAUCAUCUUGAUCUGCUCCAUCUCCGCUCAUCGGGCGCUGCCUGCACCGGCUCGGUCGCCGGAGAACUGCGAUCGGUGUCCGAGUACGAUGCCGAGGCCGUGGUAUGGCGGUACAUGUUUGGCGGGCCGUUUGAGAGUGCCGACGAUCUUGGCAGAUACCUGCAGCGACAGGUCGAUGCGCCCAACGGGACGCCGUGGGCCGUGGUGGACAAGACCUCGAGCGAGCCGCUUGGCAUUGUCAACCUCAUGAACUGCGCGCCCGACCAUCUCAAGGUCGAGAUCGGUUCGCUGUGGCUCUCGCCACUGGCGCAGAAGAGCAUCGUCAACACCGAGCUCAUGGUUCUCCUCGCGGACCUUGUCUUUGAGGUUUGGCACUUUCGCCGCUUCGAGUGGAAGUGCGAUGCCCGCAACCGCCGCUCACAGCGCGCCGCCUGUCGCCUCGGCUUUGUUGCUGAAGGCGUUCAGGACUGCCACUUUAUCAUCAAGGACCGCUCGCGCGACACAGCCUGGUUCCGCAUCCUUGAUCACGAGUACUACGAGGCUGGCGGGGUCAAGGAUCGCCUCGACAGCCUGCUCGCCGCGGCCGAGGCCAAGAUCGCUUCGCGUUGA